AAGAUGUGCAGCAUCUGCCUUGACCAAUUAGAGUGAAAAAAAAAAAUAGUCUAUGUCUUUUAUAACAUCUGUCCUACUACAAAAACAUGGUGAUGAGGCCUGUUGCUGUACAGGCCUCUGAUUCCUUAGUAAUGGAUCAGCCCUUAACACUAUUGGUACCUCAUGCUGUAGCAGUUCUCCCCUUACAACUCAAAAGUGCAUACAAGUCACCAGUAACACACCUCUCAUGCACAACAGUGCUCUUAUCACACCAAACUGACACCAAAACUGACCCUUGGCUAAGUGGAAUGGGAACUUGGCUUGUAACCGGAAGGUUGCUGGUUCAAGUCCCCACUGUGAACUGAACUGUGUUGUAUUACUGUUUCAGCCACACCACCAUCAUCCUGCUCCCUGAUUGGCUGCCGUGACAAAAUUCAUCAUAGAUCUCUGCAGACCUUGUUUUUUAAUUUUUCACAUUUAGUGAACACAAGUUGAUUAGGUGCGAUUAGCCAUGAACUGCAAAACUUGAAUUAGAAGUAUUCAUUUUUGCAUGCACACCAAUUAGUGAUAGUGUGCAGGGAUUAUGAUGCAUACAAUUGUGUGGUAAAAAUUAGGUUGAAGUACUGAGUCACCAUUAUAUCCAUGCAUGAAUAUUCGUACAUAUUUGUAUAUGUCCUUGUAUUCUUUGAGACAUGAUUUGUACAUUUGUGAGUAAAAAUAAACCUCAUAUCAUCUCCAGCAAGUUUCCAUGGUUACAUUUACAAGUAGCAUGUUAUGCCCUGCCCCUACAGUUUCUGUCUGCCGAGGUAAGCGGUGUGCAAGACUAAACAAUGUUGUCAUAAGUCAAUAAAAUUGGUGAUGUGGUGAUGGAACUGAACUCAGAAAAAGGAUGAACCAGGUAGAAGUCAUGAGGGUACAUUUAGACACCAGCUACCUCAUGCUUGUGUUGUCCUCCUGCUUUUCCUCCACUGUGUCUUCUUUUUAUUCCUCCUCUUGUCAGUCACAGGGUCAGUUUCAUUUAAAUGGAAUACACAAAACUGGAGAUGUCAUCCUCGGUGGAAUUUUUCAAAUCCACUUCUUUGCUGCCUAUCCUGACCUGUCCUUUACCUCAGAGCCACGUCAGCCGACCUGCUAUGGUUUUGAUUAUUUAGGAUUCAGACAGGCUCAGUCCAUGGCCUUUGCUAUUGAUGAGAUCAAUAGAAACUCCAACCUACUGCCUAAUGUGACUCUGGGAUACAGUCUGUAUGAUAACUGCCUCGAAAUAGGAAUUGGUACAGCACUGACCUUAGUCAGUGGUCAAGAAGAGCAAGUUGCAUUAGAGGACAACUGUGUAGGAACUCCUCCUGUCCUAGGGAUUGUGGGAGAUUCUUCCUCUACUCGUACUAUUGCCAUAUCCACAGUCAUAGGUUUGUACAGAGUGCCUUUGGUGAGUUAUUUUGCCACAUGUUCCUGCCUGAGUGAUCGACAAAAGUUCCCAUCUUUCUUUAGGACGAUCCCGAAUGAUGCUUUUCAGGUGAAUGCUAUGAUUCAGAUUCUAAAACACUUUGGUUGGACUUGGGCAGGUCUGAUCACUAGUGAUGAUGAUUAUGGAGUCCACGCUGCCCGAUCCUUUCACUCUGAUCUGGGUCCAGCUGGUGGAGGUUGUCUGGCUUACACAGAGACUUUGCCCUGGGGUGACGACCCUGCUGAAUUAAGGAGAAUAGUGGAUGUGAUGAGGAAAUCUACAGCUCGAGUGGUGAUUGUGUUUUCAAACAAGAGUCGUAUGAUUAACCUCAUGAAAGAGGUGGUGAGGCAGAAUGUGACAGGUCUGCAGUGGAUGGGAAGUGAAGCCUGGACAUCAGUUGAAGUGCUCCAGACUCCCCACCUCAUGCCAUAUCUGGGUGGAACACUGGGCAUCUCCAUCCGUCGAGGAGAAAUACCAGGACUCAGGGACUUCCUGUCACAAAUACGUCCUGACCUACAUCACAACAACACAGAGGAGAAUAGCAUGGUGAAUCAGUUUUGGGAACACACAUUUCAGUGUAGAUUUGCACCACCUCCAGCAGGUUGGGUGGAAGCUGGAGGAGAAUUAUGCACUGGACAGGAAGUUAUAGAGAAUGUGGAGAAUGAAUUGGUGGAUGUUUCAGACCUCAGACCAGAGUAUAAUGUGUAUAAGGCUGUGUACGCUCUGGCAUAUGCUCUUGAUGACAUGCUGCAGUGUGAGCCAGGGAGAGGACCUUUCAGCAACAACACCUGUGCUCAUUUACAAAGACUGGAGCCAUGGCAGCUUGUGUAUUAUUUGGAGAAAGUCAACUUCACGACAACAUUUGGUGAUCAAGUGUCAUUUGAUGAGAAUGGUGAUGCCUUGCCAAUAUAUGACAUCAUGAACUGGGAGUGGCUCCCUGAUGGAAGAACUAAAGUUCAGAGAGUGGGUGAGGUUAAGAGGUCAGCCUUCAAAGGUGAAGAACUCACACUGGAUGAAGACAAAAUCUUCUGGAACUUUGAGUCCAAACAGCCUCCUCUGUCAGUGUGCAGUGAGAGUUGUCCUCCAGGUACCCGCAUGGCCAGAAAGAAGGGGGAACCUGAGUGUUGUUUUGACUGUGUCCCUUGUUCUGAGGGAAAGAUCAGCAAUACAACUGACUCCAUGGAGUGCACCAGUUGUCCAGAAGAUUUCUGGUCCAGCCCCCAGCGUGACCACUGUGUUCCUAAGAAAACAGAGUUCCUCUCCUACCAUGAGCCUCUGGGUAUCUGCUUGACAACCACCUCACUGUUGGGCACAUUUAUCUGUGUUGUUGUUCUGGGCAUCUUCAUCCAUCAUCACAGCACACCUAUAGUUCGUGCCAACAAUUCAGAACUCAGUUUCCUUCUCUUGGUGUCACUUAAGUUCUGUUUCCUCUGCUCGUUGCUCUUCAUUGGACGACCCAGAUUAUGGACUUGCCAACUAAGACAUGCAGCAUUUGGCAUCAGCUUUGUGCUUUGUGUCUCAUGUAUCCUGGUGAAAACCAUGGUGGUUCUGGCUGUGUUCAGGGCCUCCAAACCAGGAGGUGAAUCCAGUCUGAAGUGGUUUGGUGCUGUACAGCAGAGAGGGACAGUUCUGUUUCUAACUUCUAUUCAAGCAGCAAUCUGCACUGUCUGGCUUGUCUCUGCUUCACCAAUGCCUCAUAAAAACACCCAGUAUCACAGUGACAAGAUAGUUUAUGAGUGUGUAGUUGGGUCCACAGUUGGUUUUGCAGUUUUACUUGGUUAUAUUGGUCUACUGGCUGUCCUCAGUUUUUUGUUUGCUUUUCUAGCGAAAAAUCUUCCAGACAGUUUCAAUGAAGCCAAACUCAUCACUUUCAGCAUGCUGAUCUUCUGUGCAGUGUGGGUGGCCUUUGUCCCUGCUUACAUCAGCUCACCAGGCAAAUAUGCAGAUGCGGUGGAGGUAUUUGCCAUCCUGGCCUCCAGUUUUGGCCUCUUGGUGGCACUGUUUGGACCCAAAUGUUACAUAAUCCUGUUGAGACCAGAGAGAAACACAAAGAAAGCCAUCAUGAGUCGAGGCACAAAGUAACAUCGUCAAUAUAGACAAUAAGGAUUUGUAGAUUGAAAAAAAAAAAAAGCAUGCCCUUUUCAAACCCAUUUUUUUUUCAUUUGCAUUCACCGUAUAUGAACAGAGUUGAAAAUUAUGAGAUUGAAAGCAAUAAAUAAACUUGUUUCAUUGACAACA